UUUAUUGGUCCCCACGUUCCAUUAUAUACUUCUCUUUCCUCUCCCAAAAGUCCGGCAAAAACCCAACGUCUCUAGCUCCCUGCCACCCUCUCAUGGAAGAUUACAACGGAUCGAGGCGAUAUGGGGACUGGACGAUGCAGAUGGAGAGCUAUUACGGGCCGCCGCCAUCCACACAACCCACUUCCUAUGACCUCAGGUGCUACAGCUCCUCCUAUGCACAGACCCAGAUGGGCAACAACAGGGACUUAAAGCUCAAGAAGGGAAAGAGCACUGCUGGGUUUUCUUCAAAGUCUUCGGCUUUUGGUGACCGUGAGUUCCAGAGGAAGAAGAGGGUUGCUAGCUAUAAAAUGUAUUCUGUGGAGGGAAAAAUGAAAGGGUCCUUGAGGAGGAGCUUCAGGUGGCUUAAAGAUAAGUACACCCAGGUGCUCUAUGGCUGGGGAUGAUUCUGUGGGCAUGGAAGUUUUCUUCUUUCUUACUGUAUGUUAAAAGUUGUGUUUGGCAUUCUCAAAUUUUGUGUCAUCAACAGAAUUUCUAUAAUAGUAUAUACCAUAAUUUGCUCCUUGGGAUCUUCUCUUGGGCUUCAAAAUUUAUUUGUAAGUCUUUUAUAGUUAUUGAUGCGGGUUUGAUCAAAAGCUAUUUAUGUCCUUUGAGAUUGGUGAGCAACCUUAGCGACUGUUAGUUCUUCAA